UUGCCCAUAAUUAAUUUGCUGUCAGAACCUCUGAAGCACCACUAUUAAAACACGACUGACUGUACUAUACUAGCAGUGUGUAGAAGAGUACUCUAGUAAUGUCAAGGUCUAGGAUUCGAAUGCUCAUACUCAGUGUAGCAGCCAUGGUGGUGAUAUUUUCAGCCUGGAAUCGACUCAGAACACUCAAUGAACUGGAAAUAGAAUUUUACCAUCAUUCAGUGCUGCCAGAAAACUCACACCUCAAAAGGUUCUCCCUCAAGAAAAUAGAAGGGAAAAUCAUAGAACCAUACACAUACUUGCUCAAGUCUUCUGCAUCAAGCGAAAUACAUUCCCUCCAAAAUUCUAAUCUACCUAUCAAAAAACGCCGAGAUAUUGAACCUAUUCAACUUUUAUUUGUUCCCGAUCCCCUACAAUGGGUCAAAGUACCAAAGAAAGGCACUACUGUGGAGAAAUGUGACAUCCCGUGUGUGUAUGGUGGCGAUACUUCAUCAUUCAUUUUAGAAAACACAAAUGCACUAAUUUUACAUUUACCUGAUCUCAAUGGAGAACACCCGAGGAAAGUGCUGGAGGAGAGAAAUCUCACAGUUUCCAAUGCUUACAUCGUGGGAAUGACUCUUGAACCUACGGCAAAGUACAAGCACCAGUUUGACCGAAUUAAUGAUUACGAUAUUGAAAUGACCUUCAGGAUGACCAGUGAUGUUCCUGCCAUUUAUCAAAAGUUUUGGAAGAAAGAGAGAGAUAUUUUAAUGGAUCCUAUCAUACCCUGGGAGAAACGAAAAAAGGCAGUAGCAUUUGUUGCUGAUAAUUGUCACACAACCAGUCACCGUGAGAACCUUGUGAAGAUGCUUGAAAAACACAUACCAGUCAAUUCAAUGUCCACUUGCCUACCAAACACCCUCUGGCCCAAAGACAUCCCUCGCUCCAAUCGUCGCUUGAAUAAAGUUGUGUUGAUGAGAAGAUAUCUAGCUAACAUUGCUGGAGAAAACUCUUUUGAGAAAGACUAUGUUUCUGAGAAAGUGUAUGAUGCUCUUAUUGCUGGAACAGUAUCUAUCUACUUAGGUGCUCCAAAUAUUGACAGUUUUGUACCAUCUGACACCAUAAUCAAUGUACCGCAGAAUUUCACUGAAGCAGAUGUUGUGAGGAUUGUUAAAGAACUAGAGAGAAUAUUUGAGAACAAAAAGGUGUACGAGAAAUGGACUAAUUUCAAGAACCGUCCACUGGACGACUGGUUCAGUCAGCGAUUCAACUUCACCAGAGACACUAUGAAAUGCCGACUAUGCAGAAGAGUGUAUGCUCUGACUAAUGGUUAUGGUUGGGACAGAAAUAGACAAGAAAUAGUAUCUUAGAUUGAAAUCACUUACUGUACUCACUUAUUGUACUCAAUGUGUAAUUUUUAACUGCUUCUUCUUUAAAUGUUCAUACUGCCCCUUGACAGACACUGCUGGUGCAAGACUCGGAAUACUGUAAGACAAAUAGUAUAGUGUACACAUGUUCCUGGCAGACACGGACAACAUAUCAUUUGUCGAAUAGCCCGAGUCAACAGCAACCAGUUCAUACUCCGUACUUCAAGCAAGCCAAAGCGAGUAAGCUUAGUCCAACUGAUGUGGCAACUGACCCUCCAAUCUUAAUGAAAGGAUGGCGGGGAAAGCAAGGCAUUUGACAUCUGAACAAUACUAGACGAGGACGUGGUCAGUUGCUCCUGCAAGAUUGCAACACCUAAGUAUAUCGAGGAUAAAGAAGAAAACAUGCAGCAAUAGUGCCAGCCAGAGAUCAAAACCCUGCUCUACACUCUAUAACGAUACAAGACAUGUACACUGUAAAACGACGUCACGCAAUGACAAUGUGAUAGUGUACAGUCAGGAGAUCGUUGUGCACAACAAUUUCCAAAUAUCAAGGUAUUUCAGCCGACAACUCUCCAACAAAUGAAAGGGGGAGGGAGCCUGACUUAUAUCUACACAUAAUAUUAUAAUUACAAUAACCUGACUUACACAUAAUUUGCGGUUGCUACUUAGUGUAAGUUGUCACAAAAUAGCCUUUACUAUAAAUAAAUGUUCCCUCAGUUCCUACGAUUCCUACUGUUCUUUCUGUUCCUAUACUGUUCCCUCUGUUCCUACGAUUCCUAUAUAUAGUGUUUCCUUUGUUCGUACUGUUCCUACAGUUCCCUGUGUUCCUGCU